GACUGUCUUGACAACUGGUGCCUAACAGUAUGGGUGACAUGGAGAAAUGGCCAGAAAUAGAGAAAGCAGCUACAGAAAAGAGACGUGAGCUGGUUUUCCAGGGUCCAGGUGUCGACAAGAGAAUUUCCUCUAACGGGGGACUCGCCUCUGCUCUGUACUCCCUCACCCUGCUGAAUUAUCUGGAAGUCAGCCAGUGCCCGAGCUUGACAGAGAUCCACGAGGAUAUCCAACAUCUGACAAACCUUCAGAGCCUCAUCCUCUGCAGGAACAAACUCGCCUCCAUCCCGAAUGUCGUCGGUAACCUGAAGUCCCUGAAGGUCCUGGACCUUUCAGUGAACAACCUCAGUGUUUUACCAGAGGGAAUCGCACAGCUAAGGGAGCUAAACACUCUCAAUGUGAGCUGUAACAACCUGGAGGUCCUGCCAGAGGGACUGAGUCAGUGCACCAAGCUCUCCACCAUCAACAUCUCCAAAAAUCACAUCACCGGUUUCCCCGCUGACUUCUACUCCGAGAGGCUGGAACUUCUCAGCACACUGGUGGCCUCUGACAACUCCAUUGAACAGCUGAGUGGGGAUAUUCACAAGCUAGCUGCUCUAAAGGUGCUUGAUCUCUCCAACAACAAGCUGAUUGAGAUCCCCUCCGAUCUGAGCGACUGCCCCAAGCUAAAAGACAUCAACUUCAAAGGCAACAAGCUGAGCGACAAACGCCUGGAGAAGAUGGUCAACGGCUGCCAAACUAAAUCCAUCCUCGACUACCUCAGAGGAAAGGGAAAAGGAAAGGGAGAGGACGUAGGGGAGGCAGACGGGGGUCGCAAGGCAGAUAAAGGGAAAAGACAGCAGAGGAAGAAGAAGGAGAAGGUGGCAGAGGAUGAAGUGGAGGAACUGAACAAGAUGGUGGUGAGGGUUCUCCAUGUUUCGGACACUCCUGAAACACUCAAUGUCACAGUGAGUGCAGAGGUGAAAGACGUGCGACCAUACUUGGUGUGCUGUGUGGUCAGAGGCAUGAACCUAAAGCCUGGGAAUGCUCUCAAACGUUUCCUGGUGGCUCAGACAAAGCUUCAUGAUGACUUGUGCGGUAAAAGGACCACCGCAACUAUUGCAACUCAUGAUGUGCAGCUUCUCAAAGCUCCCCUGAUAUAUGGUGUCAAACCACCUACCCAGCUGAAGGUUGUGGCGCUGGGUCGGAAGGAGAUGACGGCCGUCGAGCUGAUAAGACACCUUCAGCUGGAGGCUGACGAGCUGAGGAAGCAGAAGAAGAGGCAGAAUGUCACUGGCCUCCACAAAUACCUGCAGCUUCUACAGGGAAAAACAAUGUACCCCUGCCUGGUGGAUGCAGAGGGACAUGUGAUCUCAUUCCCACCUAUUACCAACAGUGAGAAAACCAAGAUCAAGAAGACAACCAAAGAGUUGUUCUUGGAGGUGACGAGUGCAGCCAGCCUGCAGACCUGUAAAGAUGUUAUGGACGCUCUGAUUGUUAAAAUGGCAGAGUUGAACAAGUUCACAGCAGAGCAUCGGGAGGAGGCGGGGUCAGACGGGGAAGGGGACGGCCCACAAGAGCCUGCUGCCAGCGGCAAGACCUCCAGCGAACUGAUCGUCCAGCAAGUCCGCACAGUGGACCAGGACGGGAACCUGAAGGUCGUCUACCCAUCAAAGACCGACCUCUCCAACAACAUCAGCAACUUGACUGUCGUUUGGUAGUUAUGAUGUGGAUAACCUCUGAUGUUUACACUCAUCCACACGCUAUAUGAAGUAAUUAUAACACAUUAACAUUGUGGGACAUGAAGGCUAAGGUUUGACACAGUGCAACAACAUUACAUCCUUCUACUUCAGGGAGUGCAGGAAAGCUGAUCCUCCUGGAUUUCUUGUCAGUGAAGUGUUGCCUUUGACGAAUGUUAACAUUUCUGAUUAAUGUAGAGCUUUUUUGAACCACAUGUAGUAAUAUGUUAAUAAAUCCUUUUGUAGCUUCCUGACAACACGAUCAGCAUGACAAACUGUGUCCAAAUAUCCUUAUUUUUGUAUUAUUUACAAACUGAAGACAAGUUGUCUGCAGGUAAAAUGAAUUUUGUUCAACUUACAUUUUAACUUGGACUGGUUACUUGUGGUAUUGGAAGAUUUGUGUGACUAUCAACUUAAAACAUUGGCAUUUUCCCUUUAAGCAACAACAACUAAUGUCUGACUUGGACUUAAUAAAACUAUUCUCCUGUUUUCA